CAGAUAAGUACAUCACAUCUCAGCUUCAGACAAAACUGACUGCUAUCAGAAUUAUUAGACACAGUCAGGCCAGCAGACAAUUAUCUUAAAGCAGGCAUGAACCCUCUUUCUGUUAGGAAGGGCAUCACUUGCCCUCCUCAAGAUGCCAACUGCACCAGGAUACUAGAGUCUGUGAACAUCUGGAAUGAUUCUGGAGUGAGUUCUUACAAACUCGUGGAACUGCCACCAAUAGUGACCACGGAACCAGACAGAGAUAGCAUUCACCACGUGUACCCGACAGCGGAUAUUCCAGAUCAUGUACACUAUACAAUUGGAGCUGUGAUCCUAGCAGUGGGAAUAACUGGAACACUGGGUAACUUCCUGGUCAUUUACGCCUUCUGCAGAAGUAGGAGUCUUCGAUCUCCAGCCAACAUGUUCAUUAUCAACCUAGCUAUUAGUGAUUUCUUCAUGUCUAUAACUCAAGCCCCCGUCUUCUUUGCAACAAGUCUGCAUAAGAGAUGGAUUUUUGGAGAGAAAGGUUGUGAGUUCUAUGCUUUCUGUGGCGCCCUGUUUGGGAUCACGUCCAUGAUCACAUUGAUGGUGAUUGCUGUGGAUAGGUAUUUCGUAAUCACCCGACCUCUCGCCUCCAUUGGAGUGAUGUCCAAGAAGAGGGCAGUGUUAAUCCUUUUAGGUGUUUGGCUGUAUGCUUUGGCGUGGAGCCUUCCUCCCUUCUUUGGUUGGAGUGCCUAUGUUCCUGAAGGCCUCAUGACUUCCUGCACAUGGGACUAUAUGACCUUCACGCCUUCGGUUAGAGCCUACACUAUGCUCCUCUUUUGCUUUGUCUUUUUUAUUCCCCUUUUCAUCAUUAUCUAUUGCUACAUCUUCAUUUUCAAGGCCAUCAAGAAUACUAACAGGGCUGUUCAGAAAAUAGGCUCAAAUGACAACAAGGAAUCUCAUAAGCAAUAUCAGAGAAUGAAGAACGAGUGGAAGAUGGCAAAAAUUGCUCUGAUCGUCAUCCUUCUCUAUGUGAUUUCAUGGUCACCUUAUUCAACUGUAGCUCUGGUGGCCUUUGCUGGGUAUGCAAACAUCUUAACACCGUACAUGAACUCUGUACCUGCUGUAAUUGCAAAGGCGUCUGCCAUUCACAAUCCCAUUAUCUACGCCAUCACUCAUCCUAAAUAUAGGAUGGCAAUUGCAAAGUACAUUCCUUGCCUGGGGUCAGUACUCAGAGUGAAACGCAAAGAUUCCAGGUCCUUCAGCAGUUUUGCAUCAUCUCGGCGCUCCACUGUUACCAGCCAUUGUAGUCAAUCUUCUGAAUUCAGUGGGCACCGCAAACUCAAAGGUCGUCUACCAUCUGUAUCAGAUAGUGAAUCGGGCUGGACUGAUACUGAAGCUGAUAUCAGUAGUGUGAACUCCAGGCCAGCCAGUAGCCAGGUUUCCUAUGAAAUGGGCAAAGACACCACUGAGACCAAUGACAUAAAAUCCAAAGCUAAGCUGAAAAGUCAUGACUCUGGAAUUUUUGAGAAGACCUCAGUGGAUGCAGAUGACAUUUCAUUGGUAGAAAUUGCCACAUCAGAUCGUAGUUCUCCUCUUGCUACUGGAAGAAGUUUAAAUGGCUAUGGUCAGAGAAAAGGAGAUGCUCUCUCACGCAUCGCAGCAUCAAGGAUACCUAGCAUUGUGGUGACCUACAGUAGCCAGCACGGUGGCCAGGGAGCAGUAGACCACACCUCACCUCUGCCUUAUCACAGGACCAACAACCAGGAUCGGGAGAAGGAUUUCAGGAAACAGAAUUCUCCAAUAGCCACCAUCAUGCCUGAGACCAUACCAGAAAACAGCAUGGAAAUGUUCAUAAACCAAGCAUCACCAACAGAAACGUCAUGAAAGGUCCAUGGAUGUAACGAAUGCAUAUGAUUUGUAUGUUACCUAUUCACUGUGCUAUCAUUUGUUCUGGUUAAUGAACACAGAUUAUGUUAAAAGUUAGCUAGAUUUAAUGUACGGCUAAUGUAUAGUUCCAGUCAGCAUAAUCAUCAAAUGUAUUCACUAACAGGGAAUGAGCUGUACUACAUUACAUAUGUCACUUAUGGUAAAUGGUCAAAGCUGUUUUUAAUUUAACCCUUCAGAAGCUAACGCGUUUCUCACUCCUGCAGUAAGCCUUGUUUGGCACUUUUAUGCUCCUCGCAUUUACACUUAUCAAUAAUAUUUCUGUGCUGUAACCAAGUAACGGAUAUCAGACAACUGCAUAUAUCCCAAGAGCAGAACUUACAUCAGUUGAUGGGAUGUGGAACAAUAGAGAUAACAUGUUUUUGUUUUGUUUUUUUGAUUCUUACAAAAACAGUUCAGCAAACAAUUGUAAAACAAUGCAGGCUUGUAAUUCUUUUCUGAGUAGGUGCAGAUUAUCUGAUAUGGCUAGCACCCAGCUAUAUAUUUGACUUUGCAAUGUAAUCAUGGUACCCUGUAUGAUAAUUACAUCUUCUUUGUAGUUCAAAUAUAGUUUCAAAUAUAAGAUAAUUGCAUUGCAAAGGUCAUACUACAAGCAAUAAAAUGGGAAAAGCAUGAUGGUUAGGAAAUUAAACAAAGACAUAAUAAUUACCAGCAGGUGGCGCAAUAGAGGACUUCUAUCACAUAUUUUUUUCUAAAUAACAGUUUUUAAAUACCUUUCUAACUAGCUGCUGGUCUACCAACAAAAACAGUACUCCAUUUUUAUUGGUUUACUUAACGUAAAGGAGUUCCAGAAGUAUAAAUAUACAUCUUAUGCUUUUUUUAACAUUAAUAAAUAUUUAACGAUCAUGAGUAUUGUAAAAAGAAAAAUAAGGAGAUGAUUGUUUGUUUAAAAUUUGGGGAGAUUUAUCAACACAUGGAGAAAGAUAAUGGACCAACCAAUCAGCUUCUAACUGUCAUAUUACAGGCUGUGUUUGAAAAAUGACAGGAGCUGAAUGGUUGGUACUUUAGCACUCUUCAAGGUUUGAUACAUCUCCUUGCUCACCAGCAAUUUUUGCAAACAAGGGUGUAGCAGAAUUUAAAAAAAUAUAAUAGCCCCCCUUUAUUUUUAACAAAAAUUUCUGUUUAUUUCCAUUUGAUUACCAAAUAAAAAAAGUACCUGGUUUCAAAAAGUAGACCCCGCACUCCUUAACUAGAGAUGUGUGCAGAGUUUCAUGUUAUGAUUUUAGUUCUAAUUUCAGCGUCAUGUUUUGAGUUUUGGUUUUGCAAAACCCCCCUCAAGUGUUUUGGUUCAAAAUUCGAUUUUAAAUUCGGAUCUUGGGUUUUGGAUUUCUUGAAAAUGUAUAAUAUAGAGCUAAAAUCAUUUUGUAUUCCAAAACCCAAAUUUCGGAUUUAAAGUCCGAAUUCCGAACCACUCGAAGUUCCGAACCGGGACUCGGUUCGCUUUGAAUCCGCAAAACUUGUGUGGGUUGGAUUUUAAAGAAACAAAUCUCUAUCUUUAACGGCAGGAAAGGUAUAAUCCAACCACCCCUCCUUUCUACUUAAGUAUUAUACUGUAUGAUCAAAAUGAUCAGCAGGCAGUUAUUAAACAGCUACGCCCUGGUUUGAAAGAAAUUACUCAACACUUAAAAUGAGAGUACCCCUGUUUACUUUAAAAUCCCAGAGAGGCUAUAUUGGAGCUCUUUUAGAGUAUCUACCUUCUUAAUCUAUUUUAAUGGUUUUUACUGCCUGCUGAUAAAAAACAAUCUUGAUAAUACAUAACAAGUAAGUUCACUCUCAUUUUAAUGAGAUGACCUUACCCUUACAAACAAGGGUACUUACAAGAUUUUCUGAGUCAACGAGACAUUAAGGGGUCUAUUUAUUAACAUUAUUUUUACUAAAAUAAUGUGAAAAAGGGUGUUUUCACACCCUUUUCACAUUAUUUUAGUAUCACCUGAAUGUAUUAAAUGGCAUUUAAAGCAGUUUUCAUGAAAAACUGCUCCAAACCCUUUAAUUCACUUUUUUUUUAUAGUAACCCACAUCGCAUUCCCAUACUUAUAAUGGGAAAUGUGAUGUGGCCAAAUUUACUAAAAAAAUUUUUUUUAAAAUACAGCAGUGUGUCCUGUGAUAAUCUUGCCAGCUCAGGAUGUCGAGUUUACAGGGAAGCACUGUGAUAAGCACCCUUUUGCCCAGCUUUCUCUGCCCAUGGCAGAGAAUGCUGAGUGGAGACCCGGCAGACUGAUCAGCUAUGUGUGUCCGAUGGAUAGUCGCAAUAGGGGGGUCAACCGAGCAGCGGCGGUAGCAGCAAUGUCGGCGUGGCCGGCACAUGCGUAGCAGGACAUCGGGGUAUUUUUUAUGAAAACUACCCCGUUGAUGCUGCGAAGAGGCAUCGCAGGGACAGAGCUUGACAGUAAGCUCUGUCCCUGUACGCGAUAAUUGAUACAUCCCUGCGAUGUAAUCAAUUAUCACAGUGCGAGUUGGGGUGAUUUUAUCACCUGUCAUCCGCAUCCUGGAUGUGGAUGGUGAUAAAUAGGCCCCUAAGGCUCUUAUAGAGCCUAUCCUAGAUCUUUGCAAUCUUUCCUGCUUGUUGCCUGGUGCGCACGUGACUCAAUGGUCCAGAUCAUGGAUGGCGGUGAUUAUUUGGUUUACUUUGUAGCUUUGGGGUGCUUUGAUGUUGAUAGUUCAAGAAUGUAAGCAAAUGGACACAAACACAUACAACUAUAUCUUCUCUUUGUUUAAUUUUGACAUUGCUAAGGUAUAUCUGAGACAUAUUCAAUAUCAUGGUGUUCCGUGGGAACACUCACUGAUGAAAGAUAGACUGAAGUGUGAAUGCUUUAGAAUGGUCAAGCUCUGCAACUGAAACUUAUAUGUCAGGUUUGAGGCAGAAGUAAACGGUAGCAUAUCCACAUGGUUUGUGCUGUGUGAUGUGGUUUCUCAGUGUUAGCAGUAAAUGCUUACCAAAUAGAACAAAAUAUAAUUCUGUACCGCAACUGUCUGGGCUGUGUUAUUAAUAAAUAUGAAAGUUGUGAUUACCAUGUAAAAUACGAUUAAAGUAUAAAAUAAAAUUAGAAAUGAAAUUCAAUUGCAAACAAACAUCUGGUGUCUUUCCAUUUAGAAUCAAAAGGAUUAUUCUUAAAUACAAAUGCAAAAUAAAGUAUGUUAGAUUGCUGCAAUGUUACAUAACAUAGCCACACUAAUGAUUUAUAUACAGUGGUAGGGGUCCAAAUGAAAUCAAAAGUGGCUGUCGAUUGUUAUCAUCUUCAGUGCAUAUUUUGUUGAGUACCAACAACAAAAAUGCCUCCUGAUAUUCCCCUACUGGUGAACAUACCAAUUCUGCCCUCUUCCUACCCAUCCCUUUCCUUCAUUCCUCUAUGCCUAUGGAUGGAAGUUUGAGCCAUAACAACAUUUUGAAGGGACCCCUGUCCAAAUGCUUCUAGAGAGCCACCUCUCUGCCCUAGUUCACAUUAU